GAAUCCGAUCAAUCUUCAUUUGACCAUGUCGGAUGCCCGGUAUGCAACCGAAAUAUCGGGCUCCAUGUCCUCGAGGAGCCUCAGUGAAAUAUCCGAAGUGGAAACGUUUCGUUUGAGCGUGAAUCUCGUAUCGGCUGCGAGGCGAAAUAUCGGGUUCUUGAGAACAGUGGCAGAGUCUCAGUGGCUUCACGAGAGUCCAAUCGUUAUUGUUGAAGCCAUACGAAGGUAUGAGGAGCUCUGGAUGCCGUUGAUUUCUGAUCUGACGGUUCAGUCAAAGACGCCACCUUUGGUUCUUCCUCCUCUGGAUAUUGAGUGGGUUUGGUUCUGCCACUCCUUGAAUCCGGUCAAUUACAGGAAAUACUGUGCAUCGAGGUUCUCAAAACUGAUAGGAAAACCUGCAAUCUUCGACGAAGAAAAUGAAGAUUACGCAUUGAUGAGAUGCGGAGAGAUCUGGGAAAGAAGAUACCCAUCUGAGUCUUUUGAGAAUGAAAUUGAUUCAGAUUUGGAAGACCCAGUUGAUAUCGUGACUAAUGAAGAUCUACUGUUCGAAGUAAAGAAGCAGAGAAAUUUGUGCAAGAAGUUCUCAGUACCAUAUAUGAACGAGAUUGUGUAUUUGAUAGCAGCAAAACAGAGGUACAAGGGGUUUUUGUUCUUGUUGCAGAGAUCCACAGAUGGGUGUUCUCCUUUGGUGCCCACUUUGGACAUUCUACUGAUGUGGAUAACUCAUCAAAGUUACCCAACUGUAUAUGCAGAGGACUUGAAAGAGAUGGAGGGCGACAUUUGGAGUCUGGUGAGUGUAGGGGAACUUGUGAAUAAAAAGGAGGUGGAAGAAACCCAGAAAUUGUGGGAUAGAGCCUUUGAGCAACCAUAUGAGAAAGCUGGAGCCGAGCUAGCCCUGGACUUUGAUGGGGUUGCCUCAGUGAAUCCUCCUGUUCACUGGGCAGUCUCAGAUGUAGAUGUCAACACCAAAUACAAGGCCAUGACACCCAGGUUCUUACUUGAGGUGUGUCUGUCUGUGAGGCUCAGUUCUAGGAUGAAGGCAAUGCAUGAAGACAUUAAAUGCAAUUUCCUGUGUCUGAAAAUGGUAAGAUGUCACAGGGAGCUCAAGAUGGAAAAUCUCAUAUCCGACAUCUGCCUGGAUUCAUGGCAAAAAGCUUGGCAUCUCUGCGGUGAAUUUGGCACCAGAGGAUUGAUGCUUGAGCUUCGCCAUCGUGGUGGGGGCUUUUUCAAAAGAUGCAAAUUGCUAGACACGGCUACAUUUUUAUGGAAUGAUUUACUAAGAGCACCAUCCCUUGCUUUGGCGAGAGAAGUUGGUGAUCAAGUGAGGAUUGUUGCUUCAAUAACUCCACCGGUUCAAGCACCAUAUUUGUUGAAAUGUGUACCAGAUAGAGUCACUGAUGAUUCAGGGGCAAUGAUAUCAGAUGUGAUUCUGAGAAUGAACCGGUAUAGGCCUCAAGAAGGUCGUUGGUUGUCUCGCACAGUUCUUGAUCAUGCUGGGAGAGAGUGUUUCGUUGUUCGGAUAAGAGUGGGAGGUGGGCUUUGGAGGAGAGGAGAUGAAACCCCAUCAGCUGUGAAAUGGGAAGACAGAAUUAUUGAGAUACGAGAAGGUUCAUGGUCUUAUGUUGCAGAUUCCAUCGGUAGAGCUCCUGCAAAAGUGGUAGGAACAGCAACCCCCAAAGAACCUCCAGAGAAGUGCCAAGCCGCGUGGAAUUUCUCCACAGGAGAUGAGUUGUUAAUUAGUUGGGAAUCAUCAACAUCAGUGCCAGGUCUGAGGUUCACGCUCAUAAAUGAAAUGUCUCCAGACUCAUCUCAGGUUAAGUUGUUGAGAGGACGAAAAAUGCAGUACCAAGUGAGGAAAGCUAGUAAUAAAACGAACAGUUCCCACGAAGAACAAAGCGAGGAUGGAGAAGAAGAUGAGGAUGGCUUUAUAACAUUCGUUCGUUUCAAUGAGGACAACCCAAAUGGAAGAGCAACAGCUCUUUUAAAUUGGAAGCUAUUGGCCGUAGAACUACUCCCCGAUGAAGACACGGUUCUUAUCCUCCUACUAUGCAUUUCAAUACUCAGAAGUGUAUCAGAGAUGAGAAAAGAAGACUUGGGAAACUUGCUCAUUAGGCGUCGGUUGAAGGAAUCGAAACUAGGAGCUAGAGAUUGGGGUUCUGUGAUACUACAUCCUUCUCCACUUUCUUCUUCAACCAAUUCUUCCCCAUAUCUUCAACCUUGGCAUUGGAAUCCUGAAGCUGUAAUGGCAUCCGAAAGGGCUGAUCUCAUCACCAGACAGCCUGGUUUUGGUUAUUCACCUGUUGAAGGUGGUGAUAAGUUGUUUAAGAGAGGAAUCAUAACAUGAAACAUAUAUUUUGAGAAUUAAUUAAUUAACUCCAACUCUCUUUUUUUGGCACUCUGGUUGCAUGUGCUGUUGCCUUUUGAAAGUUCAACCUGCAUGUGCAAUCAGAAUAUAAAUAUAUAGAACAACUUCAUCA